GCGACGAAGGGACGGAGCUCCCGGAAGCGGAAGUGACGAUACCAGGCCCUGUCCCCUCUUCGCUGUAACGGAGACUGACUGGGAAGCUGCCGUUGCCGAGACCCGGGAGGAGCCGGAGCCGGAGCCGCCGGGCGGGAUGGUGAGCACGACAGUAGCAGCAGCAGCAGCAGCCUCCUGGUGGUCAGGAUCCUGGCGCCCAGCCCCUCCUGGGGCUCCUGUCUCCUGGACAGCGGCAGCAGCAUGAACGGCAGCGUGGCGCCACCGGGGGUGGUGGAGGCGGCGGCACCGCUGCCCUCGCCCGGCUGGCGGGAUUUCUGCGAGGCCCAUGCCCGGGCAGCCGCCUUGGACUUUGCACGGCGCUUCCGCGCCUUCCUGAGCGAGAACCCCCAGUUUGCAGCACCGGGGGCCGAGGCUGCCUUCUCCCGCCGCUUCGCGGAGCACUUCGUGGAGCACUUUGAGGCCGAGGUGAGCCGGGCCUGUGCCGGCGACUCACCCCCCCGCUGCGACAUCGCUCCCUUCACUGGAGCCCACCAUUGCCCUGGGGGCGCUUCCUCCUCCUCCACCCGUGACCUCUCAGAGACCUGCAGCGACUCCUCGGUGGCCUCUCCAGUGGAGCCGCAGCCCGGCCUGGCCUCGGGGCUGUCCAGCAGCCAGUCUCGUAGCUCCGAGGACGUCUCCGCCUCUGCCGCGACUGCCAGCACAAAGCCUAAGCUCAAAAAGCGUUUCUCCCUGCGCAACGUCAGCCGCAGCGUGCGGGGCAGCAUGCGAGGCAUUCUGCAGUGGAAGAGCUCAGCUGAGUCCCCCACUGAGGAGGAGGCUGGCGGGGCCAACACCAAUUCCAACUCCUCAGGGGGUGGGGCAGCGGACUCCUUGCCCACCGAGCGCUGGACACACAAGUUUGAGAGGCUGCGGCUCAGCAAGGCGCCUGCCCCCAAAGUGGAACUGUCCAGUGUGCGCCGGGAGGGGCUGCUCAAUUAUAUUGUGGCCGAUGACAGCGGAGGGGGGGGUGGCAGCCGGGCCCGAUGGCAGAAAUGCCGGCUGCUGCUGCGGAAGGCAGGCAAGGGAGAGGGCGAGGGCUACCUGCUGGAGUUCUACAUCCCCCCCAAGUCCACCAAGGCCCGGGUCAGCAUCCUCUGCUCAGCUGUGACAGACGUGCGCACCACCACACCGCUGGAGAUGCCUGACAAGGAAAACACCUUUGUCUUAAAGAUGGAGAACUCUCUUGAGUACAUCCUGGAGACGGUCGAUUCGCUGCAGAUGAGGUCGUGGCUGGCCGACAUCCAGGACUGCAUGAGCCUGGGGGAGAACGCGGACAGCACGGACCUGCCCUGUCUCAACCACUCGGAGAGCAUGCCGAGUCGGGAGCUGCCCAUGGUGCCCAGUGAGAGCAGCGAGCAGCUCUCCCAGGGUGCAUAUGGGGGUCUGUCUGAGCGCCCCUCAGCUUCCAUCUCCCCCAGCUCUGUCUCCAUCGCUGCUUCCCACUUCAACUCCAUGGAGCUGCUGCCUCCCGAGCUGCCCCCCCGGGUCCCCAUCGAUGAGGCAGCUGAGCGGCUGCAGGGUCCCUACCCCCCUGGCCUGCUGCACACGCCCUUCCCCGACACUCCCGACGCCACAGGCUCGUUCCUGUUCCAGGGGGAGCCGGACCCCGGGGGAGGCGACCCAGAGCAUCCCCUCUCCGAGUACCCCUGGUUCCAUGGCACCUUGUCCCGGCUGAAGGCCGCCCAGCUGGUCCUGGCUGGCGGCCCCAGCAGCCAUGGUGUCUUCCUGGUGCGGCAGAGUGAGACCCGGCGGGGGGAGUACGUGCUGACCUUCAACUUCCAGGGCAAGGCCAAGCACCUGCGCCUGUCACUGAACGAGGACGGGCAGUGCCGCGUGCAGCACCUCUGGUUCCAGACCAUCUUCGACAUGCUGGAGCACUUCCGAGUGCACCCCAUCCCUCUGGAGUCGGGCGGCUCCAGUGACGUCACCCUGGUCAGCUACGUGGUGGCCUCACGGCGGCUGCAUGAGCCGAGCACCUCCCAUAGCCUGCCCCCCCAACCCCCAUCCUGGCACGCAGCUCCAGAGGGGGGGCCCCUGCAGCCCCCCUGGCUCAUCCCCGAAGCCCCAGCCCCCGGCAACCCCUCCCUGCCGCAGGAGGAAGAGGAAGGGGGCAGCACAGGGGACCUGGAAGAUGGGGCCACAGGGAGGCUCCUGCAGCUCCAGGCUGAGGAGCCAGAGGGAGACACGGGGCAUGCCCGGGCCAUCAACAACCAGUACUCCUUUGUCUGAGCCAUGUUGGGGAUGGGGCAGCCCCACUGAGCUCCCCCCAGGCCCUGUGGCAGGGGUGCCCCAGCCCCACUGUACACCCCCAGACCUCGUGAGAGGGGGGCCAGCCCCCUUGAAUCCAGCUUCCCAACCCCCCACCUUACAUGUGAUCAUUGAGCCUCUCCCCUCCCCACAAGGUUGGCCUCAGCGGUACAGAGCCCAUUGGGGCAGGAAGGUACGUCGCCCCCCACUGGCAGAGGGGCUGGGCACUGAAACACUACAAGAGAGCCCUCUAGGUCAGGGCCUCUAGAGCGCUAAGGGGUGUAAGGGGCUGGUCUUCUCCAGGCCAGGAGGGCCUGUCCCUCCCCCUGUGGCUCCACACGCUGUCACUGAAUGUAUCGAGUUUCCGAAUGUAUCCUCAUGCAUCCCCCAGUGUUCCCUCUGACCCCAGGGGGUUCAGCCCCCUUCUGGCCCUGUCCUCCUCCCACCCCAAAGCAACAUAUUUAUACACCUCCCGGAGCCAGCCUAGGGCUACAGGCCAGGCCCUGACACCCGCGUUCGACUGGCCGCACCUUACGGACCCCCAGUAAAUUAAAGAGAAGAUACUAUAUAUGUCUGUCCCCUCGUAUGUCCCCCAGCCUGUGCACUGCCCCCAUCUGUUCUCUCCUCCCCGCCCGAUCUCACCCUGCACAGAGUGCCCCUCGCCCCCCACGGCGCGCCCUCCUCACCCCCUUUCAAAAUUAUUUUUCUACUGUGGAGUAGUUAGACUCUCUUCCCCUGACCCAGCCCCUCACCCUGCCCCACCCCAGCCCCCUGACUCCGCCCUGCCUGGUUUUUAGUUGGCCGGGGUCCGUUUGUUGGUUUUUUGUUAAUUUUUUGGGCGUUUGUACGAACCUCGUUCACCUUUUAAAGAAAAAGAGGGAAAGAAAAGCUUGACUGCAA